GGGUGCAGGGGACCGGAAGAGGGUCUACGAAAAGCGGAAAUAAGUCCUAGGGUCUUAUAAGUCCUAGGAAAAUAAGUCCUAGGUCUAGAGCUCGGCGCUCUCGGGGGCUGACUGUGGGAUAUAGUUGGUUCUUAGGAACGAGAUCCUGGAAUGUCGCUGUGGGGUGGUUGCUAGCGUCUUUCCGAGCUAAUUCCAAAAGGCAGAGUCGCGGCUCCCUGCAAAGCUCCCGCGCAGGCGCACUACCCUCUGCUGGGCGAAGGACGCUGGCCCCGGGCAGCGGGGCCGUGGGGCCCAACGUGGAGAAUCGUGUCUCCAACGCUCUCCUUUAAUCUCGGAGCCCAGUGGACCCACGGUGCUAACUUAGAAAUGGCAAACAGUCUUUUGAAAACAUCCUCUCUGUCUGCAAGGACAAAACUGCUCCACAUACAGGGCGUGUCCCUGUAUAACACCACUCAUGGCUUCCAGGAGGAAGAAGUGAAGAAAACCCUCCAGCAGUUUCCUGGUGGGUCCGUUGACCUCCAGAAGGAUAACACUGGCAUUGGCAUCCUCACUCUGAACAAUCCCAGUAAGAUGAAUGCCUUCUCAGGUACUAUGAUGCUACAACUUUUGGAAAAAGUGAUUGAAUUGGAAAAUUGGACAGAAGGGAAAGGCCUCAUUGUCCGUGGGGCCAAAAACACUUUCUCUUCGGGGUCCGAUCUGAAUGCUGUGAAAGCACUAGCGACUGGAGAGGUUGGAAUGGCUUUAUGUAUGUUCAUGCAGAGCACCUUAACCAGACUUGCAAGACUUCCUUUAAUAAGCGUUGCACUGGUUCAAGGGCGAGCGCUGGGCGGAGGAGCAGAAUUCACAACAGCUUGUGAUUUCAGGUUAAUGACUCCAGAGAGUGAGAUCAGAUUUGUCCACAAGGAGAUGGGAAUAAUUCCAAGCUGGGGUGGUACCAGCCGACUGGUUGAAAUCAUAGGCAGUAGAGAAGCUCUCAAAGUGUUAGGUGGGGCCCUCAAACUGGAUCCAAAGAAAGCUUUAAAUAUAGGAAUGGUCGAAGAGAUCUUGCAGUCUUCAGAUGAAAUGAAAUCUCUCGAAGAGGCCCAAGCGUGGCUGACACAGUUUGUUAAUGGGCCACCAGAAGUCAUUAGAGCUUUGAAAAAAUCUGUUUGUUCGGGCAAAGAGCUGUAUUUAGAGGAGGCAUUACAGAACGAAAGAGAUCUUUUAGGAACCGUGUGGGGAGGAGCUGCAAAUUUACAGGCUAUUGCUAGGAGAGGAAAAUUUAAUAAAUAAUUUUUUACAAGUUCCAGUUAUUAAUAUAUAUUAAAGCUAAAUGAAGUAUGAACAGCAGAAUUAAUCUGAAAGCUACUACUACUAUUCAGAUGUGUUUUCAAAUACUUUCAAUAUCUGAACUCACUGACAACUUUUUUAAAAUUUUGGGUAACAUACUACACACAAUUUAUGUAAGAAUUAUUUCUAUCAGUUCUUUCAUUGCAAUAAUGGUUCUUAGAAUAUGAACAAAGAAUCACCUUUUAGUUUUUUGUCUUGAGAUAAGUGCUUUAUCACUAUGCGAUUGUCGCUUCUACAGAGAGAAAACCUAUUGUUUUUUUCCCCAUGAAAUUUUUGUUCUGUUUUACUUGGUAAUAAUUUACAAAAACGGUCUUAAGGAACCUUGCAGUUAAAGAACAUGGGGGAGGUAUGAUGUCAUUUUCUUCUGUUCCAUGUGAGAGAAAAAAAAGAUGCAUCCCCAUUACCCCCUACAAAUUUGGAGCCUUACCUUUUCAAUAAUUGUAAAUUUCUGUUUUAAAUUUUCUACUAGUAAUAGCCAUGUAGAGAACAUCAACUGACACUACAAAUUCACUGUUUGCAGUCCCAGGACUUACCAAGCUGGUAACUGUACUGUUAAUAGUUUUAAGAUGGAAAUUCAGAAGAUUCAUGAAGCAAGCAUCCUACAACAAGUUAGCAUUUUAAAUAUUUCAUUUUUCUGAAAAACAUCAACUUUUACAACUAGCUUUUAAAAUAAAUUUACUAAAAAUGCACAAUUCAGACCUUUAUGAUCAUCCCAGUAAUUCUUUAAAAACAUGUAAUUCAAAGAAGUCCCAAUCCUCACCUACCACAUUUCAAAGCAGUGAGUUUGUCUUUAUUUGCUGUUGUAACAUUUAUUUCACAUUUGAGAAUUAUCGUAAAAUAACUGGGAUAUGCUUUUAUUAUUCUGCCCUAAGAAGGGACUUAGUCUUUUACAGACAAAUUCUAGAUUACCAUGUUAACCUAAUACUUUCUGCCUUGCCCAGAUAUAAAAACUGCCCAAUAAAAGUCGGUUUUCUAAUCUA